AAGAAUCCAUAGUAGGUAGGAGUUGACUAAUUUCUGCGAUUGAUGUUCACGAAAAUCUGCCUUCCGGUGAAGUCAGGACUCAGGUGUGUGGAGCGCAGAAAUAGCUAAAAGUCUCAGCCUACGAGGUUGCGGCACGCCUAACCCGACAGGUAGCUAGGCACCGCGAUAUACGUAACACCAUUCCAGACCGCCAGACUGCCAACCCUCCGAGAAGGACGGAAUCCGACAACUUAGCAAUUUACUCUACGGCCCAUCUAUGUACGGAGCAGUGGAAGGGACUUGGGAGUAGUGCACAUUCAAUUCGACGGACACGACCGACAGACCGAACGAGAACGAGGCGGGAAGAAAGAAAAGAGAGACAGUGAGAGUGUGGGGAGAGAUCCAUCGCUUCCUCAUCUAAGGAACAAACCACCCCACCCCGCACAACAACGACAACAUCAGCACCAUGUCGAAAACGAUACACCGCCAAAUCGGCCGCUUCCAAUCGCGGUCGGCCGACGAUGCCAGCGUCUCCAUGAUCAUGAAGGAGGUUGACGACAUGGAUCUUUUCCUCGGCAAGCUCCUCGAACACACGAAAACAUGGCGCGACUCCUGGAGCGAUAUACUGGUGAAUCAGACGCGGCUCGCCGACUCCUUCCACGACGUGUACCAGACGAUCCCGCGCACCGGGGACUCCACCAUUCCGCCGGAACCGACGCCGCCGGAGAUCAUGCGGAGGGUUGCGCUGCUGCAUACGUCGUAUAAUGAGCUGAAGGACGACAUGCUCGACGAGGUGGCCAAGGUCGAGACUAUGCUCGUGCAGCCGUUGGGAGAGUGUAGAGCAAUGUUGAAACCCAUCAAGAAGGCCGUCGAGAAGAGGGAGCACAAGAAGUUGGAUUACGAGCGGUUUGCCAAGGCAACUGAGACGUUGAAGCUGAAGAAAGCGAAGACUGAUAAGGACUACGGGGCGCUGCAGAAGAGCGAAGCCGAGCUCGAGAGGGCAAAAAAUGCCUACUCGAUCGCGGACGACUCCAUCCGAGAGAGCGUUCCUCCGUUGCUCGCGGGAAUCACCGCAUUCCUCCCGUUGGUGGUCGAAAUCGCGGUGCAAGUCCAGUUCACGCUUCUACAACACUCCUACUCGCAACUGUACCACUACGCUACCGAGAAUGGCUUCACCGACCCCGACAGCGCUGUUGUCGUCUCCGAAUGGGAGGAACUGUUCCUGCCGGUCAAGCAGCAGGUCGAAUCGGAGCUGCGGUUGAUCCUGAAAGGCAAGGCCGUCACCUUGCCCAUGAACUAUACUCCCGACAAGGGUGUACUGUCCAAGUUACCACGGGUGCCGCUGGGGAAGGGGAAAGCGCCUCCGCCGCCGCCGCCAACGGCAGCAAUCGCAGCGGACGGUGGGCGACCGCCGCCAUCGAGGGGGAACGAAAACAGCCGGCCGGGAAUCACAAAGCCCAAGUCGAGCACCAGCUUGUCCAGCAGAUACUCGCGCGACGAGCGUGACCACUCGCCUCCACCGCCGAUGCCCGGUGCCAGGCCAUCGAUUGGCGGCGGACCCAAGAUCGGAAGGUCCGCGUCGCUAAGAGACGAGUCCCCGCCGCCCCCAUUGCCCGGACCUCGGCCGGGCAGCAACGGCGUCGACAGGCCCCGUAUCGGAUCGUAUGGCGGCUCGUACGGAGGCGGCUCGGUCACUCCUACACCACUGGCCGGAUUGAGGCCGACGGCAUUGACCGUUCCGAGCUCGAGAGGAAGCGUUCGCUCGCUUUCUCCCACCAGUCCUUCUCCGGAGUCAGCUAGGACGGGCCGCACUCUCUCGCCGCGCAUCCCGUCGUCCGGAGGUAGAUCACCUUCGCCGAGCCAACUGGUCAGUAUCGUGGCGGGAAAGAAGAAGCCGCCGCCACCACCGCCAAAGAAGAAGUUUGCCGGGCCGAAGGAGGUGUGGGUUAAGGCCAUAUUCACGUUCGAAGGACAGGACCGUGGGGAUCUCAGCUUCAGUGAGGGGGAGAGGAUCAAGGUUUUGAAGAAGACGGAUAAUAUUGAUGACUGGUGGGAGGGAGAAUGUAAUGGGAGAAAGGGACAGUUUCCGGCCAACUAUUGCGAGCCGACUGUGUAAUGCGCAUAUCGUCAUCACGAUCACGGAGGGUUCUUUUCUUUGCGAGAUUGGCUAGUAGGGACCGUUGGGUUGGCUGAUUGGUUGGAGUACUUGGACGUGGGCUGCUUUGGUUUUUUUUUCAAUAUCCAUUUGGGGGGCUGGUGAGAGUGAAGAAAAGGUGGAACCUGAUACAGGAGUUUUUUUUGAUGUUCAGUAGCUUGCACAUCUGUCUGUUGGAUAACGUACGAGUUCAAAUAUCACGGGGUCUUGCGUUGUUCCGUGCGCGUGGCAAGGGCCAUUCUCCGUUCAGCCACGCUGCUGCGGUGUCGACAGCGGCUUGGCGGACUAAAGCAACCGCAGCAGAGCUUACAUAGAGUAGAGUUGGCAAUUCCACAUC